UUCGUUAAUGGAUCUCAUUCUUUUCCACUUACGUCUCCUAAUUUCUUUUCUUUCCAAACCCACUUUUGUUUUUCUGCCUUCAAGAACCAGCAAUAUUUUCACACUUGUAAACGCCACCGUUUCGGUUCCCGGCGUUUCAGGGCAGCUCGACGAUGGGCUGUGGCUUUCAAAUUCAGCUGUGACCUUGUAUGAUUUUCACCGUUAGCGUCUUAUCUUAAUUGGUUCUUUGUUUUUUCAAGUUUGGAGAAGAGAUAUGGUUCUUGAAUGGUGAAGUUCAUCAGCUACGGACACUCAAGUUCUUGUGCUGCAAUGAAUUUAUGCUGCUUUGGUGGGUUUGAUUGGUGCAGGGGACAGAAUGGUGGCCGUCAGAGACAAGCACAAGAAAUUGCUACCAACAAUGUGAGGCUCUUUUCUUAUAGUUCAUUAAGAUCAGCAACAGGGAACUUCCAUCCAUCCAACAGAAUUGGUGGAGGUGGUUAUGGAGUUGUCUACAAGGGAGUUUUAAAGAAUGGAACUCAAGUAGCAAUCAAGUCUCUUUCUGCAGAAUCUAAACAAGGAACACGAGAAUUCUUGACAGAAAUCAACAUGAUAUCAAAUAUUCGGCAUCCAAACCUUGUUGAACUCAUAGGCUGUUGCGUUGAGGGAAAUAAUCGGAUUUUAAUAUACGAAUAUCUGGAGAACAACAGCCUUGGAAAUGCUUUACUUGGUUCAAAAAGCAAGCAUGUUUUUCUCGAUUGGCCUAAGAGAUCUGCUAUUUGCUUGGGUACAGCUACUGGUCUUGCAUUCCUUCAUGAGGAAGUUGAACCUCAUAUCGUUCACAGAGAUAUUAAAGCUAGUAAUAUACUCCUUGACGUAAACUUUUGUCCCAAGAUAGGAGAUUUUGGGCUGGCAAAGCUUUUUCCAGACAACGUAACUCAUGUUAGUACUCGAGUGGCAGGAACAGUGGGAUAUCUAGCCCCAGAGUACGCCCUGUUAGGACAGCUCACAAAAAAGGCAGAUGUAUACAGUUUUGGGGUGCUCUUGCUUGAAAUAGUUAGUGGCAGUAGCAGUAGCAAGGCAGCGUUUGGAGAGGAUUUACUGGUUCUUGUCGAAUGGGCAUGGAAGCUUAGGGAAGAGGGCAGGCUCCUGGAUCUUGUAGAUCCAGAACUAACCAAAUACCCCAAGAAUGAGAUUUUACGAUUCAUCAAGGUUGCACUCUUUUGCACCCAGGCAGCUGCACAGCAAAGACCGACCAUGAAGCAAGUCCUGGAGAUGCUUUCUCGAGAGGUCACCCUUAACGAGAAGCUGCUGACUGAGCCGGGUAUAUAUCGUGGGCACUCCUCGAAGCACUUAGGUGGUGGUAGUUCAGAUGAGACAUCAUCUUCUCAGAAAAACAAAGGCAAGCAAUCGGUUGAGCCUCCUGUAAGCUCAAUCCAGCUUUCAGGUUCUCAGAGUAUAACACAGAUGCUUCCGAGGUGAUGCAUCUACUUACAGCCAAUUGUUGACCAUUUUUGCUGAUCUUGUAAAUUCUCUGCAUUGUUCUGUUUUCUCUUACUCCUACAUGCUCUGCUAUUUUCUUGUAUAAGUUGUUUUGCAAUGAAUGCAAAUAUUCAUUUCGGGUUGGAAAUAAAACAGUAAAUGCCUCCUACUGCAGAUGUAUACACACUUGGUGGCCCAUUCAAAUGUAUGAAAUA